UCUCUCCCGAGGCGCUGCCUUUUGGGGCGCUGCCAAAGGCAAGCGACGGGCCCGCGCCGGCGGGAGGCACCUCGGCGCGGACCGCACACGGCCACCGAGUGCCGACGCCGCAGCCCCAGAACCGGUGAGGGCAGCCCCACCACGGGAUGGGCUUUGUCGACAGCCUGCGGGCCAAGCUGCCCGGCGGCAAGGAUGAUGGGAAACCCAAGAAGAAAACCGCGAAGGAGAUCUUCGCCGAGGCCCAGAAGGCGCGCAAACGGGGAGAGCCCAUCCCCCGCGGGGAAGGCCUCGGCGGCGAGAAGCUGCCCGAUUUACCGACCGUUCCUGGUGAAGAUGAUACCUCUGUUAUUUCUAGACCGCAACCGAAGCCCGAGCGGUGGAUCCCCGGCGUCGUCUGUGAGAUCGAGAAGCGGAAGACCGGAUGGUUAUAUUCGGUGUCGUAUGAAGAUCUGAGUGCGAAGGAACAGAACAAUGAAUUGCCGGCGAAACGGCUGCGGAAGAAGGAGACGAAGGACGAGGCCCAUGCGAGGAAGUUAAGGGACGCCAUCAAAGCUCUGGAGAAGCUCGAGGCCGCCGACGAGGACCGGUCCUACAACUCCACUGGUUCUAGGUCUAGUGCGGGCUUCGCCAUGGAUCCCACGUCUCCCGACUUCGUGGGCUACAAGAUCGGCGCGAAAGUCGAGGUCUGGCACCCCGAAGAGCUGGGAGAGACCGAAGAAGAAAAGCAGGAACGACUCGCGCUCGAAGCCAAGAUCGCGUGGAACAAACAAACAAACAAGGAGAAGGCGAUAUGGUACGUGAAAAAAGCCAUGUCUGAAUUAGAGAAGUUGAUGGUCCACUACGGUCCUCCGUAUAAAGAGGAGUACGGCGGGUGCUUGUAUGAAGAAUGCAAUAACCCUAAACCAAGUAUAAUUGAGAUCCACGGCUUGCUCAAUGAGAAGGGCGACCCUCGGGUGCCCAAUCCAAGUGAUCAUGGCAAUACGCCGUUGCAUUACGCUGCUAGAUAUUGUAAUCUUAAGUUAGCGAAGAUGCUUUACCGAGCAGGCGCCGAGCCCAAACAACUCAACGAGCUGGGCAUGAACGCCUUGGGCACGGCCUGCAUGUUCAACUGCGCCGAGCCGCGACGAAAGACGCACAUGAAGUUCUGUCGAUGGUUGAUCGACCACGGCGCGGACGUAAAUAACGUCGACAAAGGCGGCCACACCGCUCUCGAGUUAGCGUCGUCCUGGGGCAACAUGCCUCUCGUGUCGAUGUUGAUGCAGAACAUGGCUCGGGUCAGGCGAGAACUGCAGUUCCUAGCGAUAGAAGCGCCGGACGCCGUGGAUGUGGCCGUCACCGACGAGGUCAAAGCUCUACUCAUCGCGAAGAAGAAGAAGGAAGAUCAAACGAUCGCGGAGGACGAAGAGGAGCGCAAGAAGAAGGCCGAGGCCUUUAAAAUUGCUACCGAGCUCGCUAGGAAGAAGCAGGACAUGAUCAAGAAGAUCGAGGAGCGGCGGCAGUACCGGAAGCACCAGGCUCGGUUAAGGGCCAAAGCGUUGCACGAGGCGACGCGCUUAUCCGAGCAAGAUGUGGAAGAUGAGUUGGAGAGGGAGCGCGAGCGGAAGUAUAAAGAGUUACAAGAGCAGGAGUCGCAUAUUGGGAUCUGGCACCGCGAAGGGAAACGGAUGUGGCGCUUCCAGCAGACGGGCCAGCAGGAAUCAACUAGGACGAAUAUUUUGGACGAAGCCGGCUCGAUUCUGGCCGACUCCAAGGGUACCGAAUAUAGAAGUAUGCUGCAGAAGCGGUGGCGGUCGAUGACCGGUUUGGAGUUGACGGCAGCCCAUCCGACGAUGCAACCUAGAGCGUCGUUCGAAGUGCUGGAGGAGGAGAUGGAGAGCGCGAAGCAGCUCCCGGACAUGGGCUUCGAGGCGUACAACCCCGGCUAGUUGUUUACCGGGCCGCGCUAGUAAUUGUGUUUUUGUAUAAAUUGUGGGC